UCGUCGGCGGAGGAUGGGUAAUUCGAAUGUUCGCUAGUGCGGCGUUUAAGGCGAUGGCGGGGCUGCCUUUCGGGCGUUAAGGCUCGCUCUUCGUUUCCUUUUCCCCCGAUAGUAACGUUGGAGCUUUUACUCUGCGAUGGCCUGCAAGCUCCAAAAGUUGUUUUCUGUGGAAGCUGAAUUUGAAGAUGAGGAUUUCUUGAUGGCUGUGAGUGAUGUAGAGAAACAGACUCUAGACACAACAUCUGCUAAUUUAAGAGGUCUGAGACCACUUUCUGCAGGGUUAAGAGCUCCUGGCAAUGCCUUCAUGCCAGUCAAGGAUCCAGGCACCCGUAGCUUUUCAGAGACCAUGCCCCCUAUUUCACAGGUACAAAACUGCUCCAGACUUCAAUUUGGAGAUGGUAGCUGCACUACUGAGACCAAAAACAACCAUAUGCUUCCCCAGAUAAGCAACUUCAAGGUUCAAAAGGAUCCAACAGGCUUAUUAGCCAAGUGUGAAUCAGGUAGCACUUCAGGCAAGAGAUUUAAAUUUGUGAAUAGGCCUCCAGCUGUAUUUACCUCUGGGACUUCUCCCAGGGAUGAUAUUGACAAUGAACUUGUAUUGGCUGCAUGCAUGGAUUUAGAAGAAUCUAGUAUGUAUCCAGAGUCUUUCAGAUCUGACUGUGGUUCCCAGAAGCAGAUGAGAGACAAUGACUUAGAAACAAUCAAGAAACGACAAGUCACAAACACAAUGACGCCAAUGAAUCCUGUUGGAUUGGAUACUUCACAAAUGACAAAAAUCCGAAAAGAAUUUGUUGAUGAGGUCGUCAGCCAUCUACAGCCAAUGGGAGUUUCUUCAGAGUCAAAUCUGAAGCCUACCUCCAUGGAUUCUGUUUUUCCCCAGGCUAACUUAGGGAUGAGCAACAGUAUUGUCUCCCUUUCAAAUUCCAGUGUUCAGAUGAUAAAGCCUGUUCAAUCAUCUUUGGAUAAAUCCACUUCUGAAUGCAGCAGUCCUUCCUUGCCACUGAUUAGACCCUGUUCUCCCUUUAUUACAACAAGUACUCCUUCAAGGCUGCCCAAAUCACGCAUAUUUAGCCCCAGCUGCUCUGACUCUAGAAUGGUCAAUAAUGGUGGUCAACUCCAUAUCACAUAUGGUCCUUCAGUGGCAACUGUGGGAAUCCCUCCUGUCAUUCCUAAAGCCCCAACUUUAGUUGCAGGUUCUGGAAAGCCUCAGACGCCUGUUCUCACCAAUCAUCUUGUCCGUUUGGUCACAGCAGCCAGCAAGACACCUCAGUCAAUGACUCAUGUUUCUUUGCGAACUAAGACUCGUCGCUUCCCAGGACCAGCAGGCAUUCUGCCUCAACAACCUAAUGGGAAAAACCUGGAUGAGAUUCUCAUUGCAACUCCCCAGAUGCCAACUCACGGAGCUGUAGCAAAAUUACGAACUGAGGAAAUGUCUAUUUCCCAGCAAACAAUAGAAGAAGAAUUUGAAAGAGGCCCAUGGGUUGCCAUGAAAAAUGAAUUUGAUUUGGAUGAAGGAGAUCCAUCCUGUUUUCUUCAGAUGUACAGCAUUUCUAUGGUACUUCGUAAGGCAGCUCUGAAGCAACUCCCAAAGAACAAGGUUCCAAACAUGGCAGUAAUGAUUAAGUCAUUGAUGAGGACUAAUGUUGAUGCAGGUGCUGAGUUCAAGGACCCUACUGGUGAAAUGCAGGGCACAAUACAUCGUUUGUUGCUGGAAGAAAAAGAAAGUGAAUUUAAAAUUGGUUCAGUGCUUCUGCUAAAACAGGUGAGCGUGUUCUCUCCAUCCCAUCGCAAUCAUUAUCUCAAUGUCACACCCAGUAACUUGGUGAAAGUAUAUUUACCUGGUUUCAGCAGUGGAAAUCAACUUCAGCAAUACCAAGAGAUUUGGGAAACAAGUGAGACUGUGACACCACAGCAGGAUCCCCCCAUAGGUGCUGUGAUUGUAAUGGCUGCUAUGGAUGACAAGAAUAUGGAAGGAUAUGAGAGAAAUAAGAAGAGAUGUCAUCAUGUAUUAGCAUCAAACGAAAGUCCAUCAUUAUUACAAGAGUCAGGAAAUUGUGGAGUAGGCAAAUCCGUUGAGAGAGCUGACUUGGAUGAUCUGGACCAGCUUCUUGGUGAACUCCCUGAUGAUUUUUUCUCCAGCUUGGAAGAACAGAACACUUUAUGACAGCUCACUAAUCCUACAAUAUCUUGCUGGGUAGGAUCUGGACGCAUACCUUUGUUCAUGAGCCUUUUUUCACCAUGAGGUAGACUUCCUUGCAGGGGCACUUUCUAAUCACUAAAAAAAUCCUUUAUAAAUUAGAUGUAAGCUGUCCUUUAGGUAGAAAAUAGAUUUAGUAGCAAGAUGGCUGGAUGUUAAGCUAAUGCACCUUCUGUGCGUGGAAAGAACUUAGCUGGUUUUUGGCAGAGAUCCUAUAUUUUUGCACACUAGUACUGAGACCCUGCACCACACCUUAUUACAAACUUGUCUCGUCAGAAAAUAAAUUUUGCAAGGCUAUUGGAAUGACCUGCAAUGACUUUUUAAAUUAACAAGUAACUGUUACUCCAUUUGGUUUGAAAUUGCCUUAGGUAUGUAUUUAAUGUUUACUGUGGUGCUUUGUUAUACACUGUUUCAGGCAUAACAAACUGUCUUCUAACUGGUCUUCCAAAACAAUAAAAAAUGCUUAUGUUAAUUGAUGCUGUCUGA